AUGAUCCUGGAGGCCUUGAAUGGAUCUGGUGAUGACCUGGACAAUUCGGGCUCGGGGGACUGGGAGCCCCCUGGAGUCCACCCCCCCACUGAGGGGGAGACCGGCACCACCUCGGCCCCACCCAGCGGCCCUCAUCCUGAGGACCUCCAGCACCGAGCCGUCUCUGCCAGUCCAGCAGAAACCAUGCCAAUAACCACACCCCCUCAUGCAAAAGCCACACCCAAGACCCCUCCCACUGCACUCACUGCUGGGAAUGUGGAGCAUGAGGUUGUAGGGGAGCCGAUGAUCACCCCACCUGAGGAUGAGGGGACAGCGCCCCCUACUGUUCACUCACACACCACGCCCCGCUUGGAGGAGGAGGGGACAGCUCGCUCACACACCACGCCCCGCUUGGAGGAGGAGGGGACAGCUCGCUCACACACCACACCCUGCUCGGAGGAGGCCGACUGCCUGGACUCCUCUGGAGACGACGCCGAGUCUGGCGAUGGUGCGGUUGGGAUGUCGACCAGCUCACUUCUCACAACUGAGAGACGCACUGAGUCCAUAUUCACCGAGGAGGAGAAGCUCAUUCCCCACGGCAGGGCCCACAACACGGACAGUGAAACAGCAGAUGACUCAGACCUGACAUUUGAUCCCAAGACAAAGGAGGAGGAAGCAGAAACAACAGACUCUCCUGUGGGCAGUUUGGCAAAGAGCCAGGGCCUUCUGGAGAAGAAGGAAGUUCUUGCAGGGGUGCUGACCGGGGGCGUGGUGGGGCUCAUCCUGGCUGUGGCUCUGCUCUCUCUCAUGGGCUACAGGAUGAAGAAGAAGGACGAGGGCAGCUACUCGCUGGAUGUGCAGCAGAGUGGAUACCAGAGACCCCAGAGACAGGAGGAGUUCCUCGCAUAA